AGCAGUAACAGAGUCUGAGAGGAGGGGGGUGGUCCUUACAAAUAUAGAAGGGUAGCUCGACACUCCGGUGUCCUAAACCUUCGUUGCCCUUGGCCGAGAGAAGAGGUUUUCCAACUGCAAUGGUUCUGACGGCGACACUGGGUCUCCUAGCAGUAUGCGCGGUGCUUGUGGGGCUCUUGGUGGCCCUCAUGGACGGCCAAUCGAAGAAACAAGAAGGCAACAGACCGCCGGGUCCGAAACCAUGGCCCGUUAUUGGCAGUCUUCAUCUCUUGGGUCAGUACGAGUGUCCAUUCGAAGCCUUGACCAACCUCGGCAAGUUAUACGGCGAAAUCUACAGCAUAACACUGGGCACCACGCCGUGCGUUGUCGUCAACAGCUUUCAGCUCAUCAAGGAGGUCCUCAUCACCAAGGGCUCACACUUUGGUGACCGACCCAACUUCAUCCGCUUCCACAAGCUCUUCGGCGGGGAUCGCAACAACUCUCUGGCGCUGUGCGACUGGUCCGAUCUCCAGAAGACCCGGCGGAAGAUUGCCCGCUUAUACUGCUCUCCACGCUUCGCCUCCGUUCAUUACGACAACCUGGACCAAGUUGGCUGUGCUGAGAUAGUUGAGUUCCUAGCUGAGCUGUCACGUGCCACAAAAGUAACACAAGAAUACAAGGUCAAACCCCUGAUCCAGGCCGCUUGCUUCAACAUGUUCACGCAGUACAUGUGCAGUACACGCUUCGCUUACGACAACGCCGCCUCUGCCAAAGUCGUUCGUACUUUCGACGAUAUCUUCUGGGAGAUAAAUCAGGGUUAUGCCAUCGACUUCAUGCCCUGGCUUCUGCCUGCUUACAAAGGCCACAUGAACGUUAUCAGCACAUGGGCACAAAAAGUGCGUCAAUUCAUUCUGUCCCACAUCGUGGACAGACAUCGCCGGGCAAUAGACCCUUCUGCUGGGCCCAGGGACUUCACAGAUGCCCUCCUCAUACAUCUCAGGGAGGAUCCAAAUCUCAGUUGGGAACACAUUAUCUUCGAGCUGGAAGAUUUCUUGGGAGGCCAUUCUGCUAUAGGGAACCUCUCCAUGCUGGCACUGGCAGCCGUGGUACGCAACCCACAGGUUGGCGAGCGCAUUCAGAAGGAGGUGGACGCAGCCACGGGAGGGAAACGUAACGUAAACCUGUUCGACAAGCCAGUGAUGCCCUACACGGAAGCCACUAUCUUGGAGACCCUGAGGACUGCCUCUUCACCAAUCGUGCCACAUGUCGCUUCGCAGGACACGUCCAUUGCAGGAUACCCUGUGGAAAAGGGCACAAUGGUUUUCAUCAACAACUUCAUGCUCAACUGCAGCGAGGAAUACUGGGAAGCUGCCAGCGAGUUCCGCCCCGAGAGAUUUAUCAAAGAUGGGAAGGUGACGAGGCCUGAUUAUUUCAUCCCAUUCAGCACCGGCAAACGCACUUGCAUCGGACAGCGCCUAGUGCAAGGAUUCACCUUCAUAAUCAUAGCCUCCAUCUUACAGCAUUAUGACGUCACUUCAUCCAACCCGUCGUCAAUUCGUACAUAUCCAGCAUGUGUUGCAUUACCCAGCGACACAUUUUCGCUUACGUUCAAGCCCAGAAAUCUUGCAUCUGCGCAUGCUCGCUAGUGUAUCCCCUAACCCUGCAAUUUCAUGCCAAACAUGUACAUACAUUUAGUCAUAAGUGAUAAUUGCCAAAUCUCGUAUGUCCUUGCAAUAAACAUAGGCUUAAGAAAUUUUGAAUUCACUUUAGGGGACAAGUCAACAACAGUUAAGACUUCUUAGCAUGCGCGUAUUAUGUGUCUUGAUCAUAGGGUUCGAGCCGCGUUGGUUGCUCACAUGUUGGCCGAUUUAGGGCUAGCAUUCCAGUACACACAUAUAUAUAUAUAUAUGUUGCCAAAUUCGCUCUGUAUAUGCAUAGACAUAGCAGACAAACCUGGGAAAUAGAAGUGAGAACUACAGUUCUGCGCAUGCGUGAUCCUCAUACUUCUUUCAAAUGUCGUGUCUUUCUUACGGUCUAUGAUCUGUUAUUUUAAUGUUAUUUAAACCACUGGCAUCGUAAAUCCCCGCUGUAGAAAUAGCGUGUAUACCUUCUAAUUCUGUUUCUCCUGGUUCAGCAUGGACAAUCAACGCGACCCAAAUAGGUGAUUAUACUACACAUUGUACUCGUAACUAGCAAGAUUAUUUUGUGGAAAUUUUUCAUAUUAAAAAUAGCAAAAGAGUUAGUUCCCAAAUCUAAAAAUAUAUCAUAUUUCUAUAUUUAUUAUCUUCUUUCGCAGUUACAAUACUGUCUUAUUUAUGGAAUGUCAAGUGAAAGAGGGUCUUGACCUUGAAACCUUUCCCUGUUAGAAGAAGGGAAUGUUUUCAAGGCCAAGCUCGUUUAUUCGCCUAUACAUUUACAAACAGUGACAUGUUGAACAAGAGGAUCUGUAUCCAAUAAGGUAAAAUGUAUGUUAAGUGAAAGUAAGUUAAUGAAAUACACUUUGAACAGUUAAGUGAGGCAAGAAGCUAUAUUUCUCCAUUUUACUUUAUAUAUAAAAUCCAAUCAUACGGCAAUGAAGUGAGAAUACCAUAUCGUUGUAUUUUGUACAUCACUUCACUAAGUCAGAAACGAGACAUUCUUGUAUAUUGCCCUGCGCUGCUGAGUCAAGCAACUGUGACCAGCUCAGCAGCAAGUUUUAUCAAGGUUUGCCAUAAUUAGCUCUGUGGCAGCAGAACUUGAAGGUUUAAACUGCUAAUACCAAAGCACACCAUUAGACACGAUCCAGAGUCAAUUUCAUCCGCUUAUAAUCGUCUCAGCCGACUGAUCUUGGAGGUAGCUAUUUCUAUUAGAUUACCCUAGCAAAAUUCUCUCCACCAUAGCUUCAUUCAUUCAUCAGUGGUUCUACAGCCCUUUGUUAGGCCUUGGCCUCUUCUUCAGCUUCGUAAUUUGUUU